ACUCCACCUUCACACAAUUCAAUUUCAACCCCUAGUCUAACCCUUUUUCAAAAACCUCAAGAAUAUCCUUCCUUUACAAGUUUAGGUGAGAAAUUAGCAUUGUUAAACUGCACUUAAGGUGUUUGAUGAUGGAACCCAAUGGACUAGGUGGUGGGAUUUUUCCUACCAUCAGUAGUAGUGGAUUGCUUGGAGUAGAAAACCAAAACCCUUUAAACCAACAAAAUCAUCACCAAAACCCUCUUCCUCUACAUCACCAUAGCCAAAUGCUUUCUUAUGCCACUACCCACCAUGACAACACUGACACACACAUUCAACAGCCAAUCAAACAUGGGUACCCCUAUUCAGCCAAGACAAACAACAACAACAGCAACGGUACCAAUAACAACAGCAACAACAAGGCACAGAGCAAUAUCAAUCUCAGUGAUGAGGAUGAGUUUGCAGCAGAUGACAACAGCUCAGCAGACCCCAAGAGGAAAAACUCACCAUGGCAUAGAAUGAAGUGGACGGACACCAUGGUCAGGCUCUUGAUAAUGGCGGUUUAUUACAUUGGAGAUGAAGCUGGUGGAGGAUCAGAAGGAGGGAGUGACCCUGCUGGGAAGAAGAAAGCUACUGGCUUGCUGCAGAAGAAAGGGAAGUGGAAAUCGGUGUCCAGGGCCAUGAUGGAAAAGGGGUACUAUGUUUCUCCUCAGCAAUGUGAGGACAAGUUCAAUGAUCUGAACAAAAGGUACAAGAGGGUCAAUGAUAUUCUAGGAAAAGGAACAGCUUGCAGGGUUGUGGAGAAUCAGAGUUUGCUGGACACCAUGGAUUUGUCUCCCAAGAUGAAAGAAGAAGCAAGGAAGCUUCUCAACUCCAAGCACCUUUUCUUCAGGGAAAUGUGUGCUUACCACAACAGUUGUGGCCAUGGAACCAACAACAAUGCUGGUGGCACUUCUUCCAAUGGUCAAACAGAGGCUGGAACCGAGUCUUUGCCACAACAACAACAGCAACAGAAGUGUUUGCAUAACGGGGUGGGGAGUCUGAGAAUGUUGAAGGAGAAAAGUGGGGAAUUAGAGGAAGAGGAAGAGGAGAUUGAGGAUGAUGAGUGGGAGGAUUCUUCUUCUGAGGAGGAAGGGGAAUCAGGGUCAAAGGGUCAAGCAGAGGAGGAUGAGAAUUGGAACAAUGAUGUUGUGAGGAAGAGGGCAAGGAAAAGUGGGGUUAUGCCAUCACAGGUGAUGCAACAGUUGAGUAGUGAGGUGAGUGGUGUGUUGCAAGAUGGGGGGAAGAGUGCUUGGGAGAAAAAGCAGUGGAUGAAGAAGAGGAUGGUGCAGUUGGAUGAGCAACAAGUGAGUUAUAGAGCCGAGGCGUUUGAGCUGGAAAAGCAAAGGUUGAAAUGGGCAAGGUUUAGCAGCAAGAAGGAGAGGGAAAUGGAGAGACACAAGCUUGAAAAUGAACGGAGCAGGUUGGAAAUUGAAAGAAUGAUUCUUUUACUUCGCCACAAGGAGCUUGAGUUGAUGAAUAUUCAGCAGCAGCAACAGCAUUCUUCUACCUAAGUGAGAAGAGAUUCUAGUGUAAAUUAUUACUAAAUUUUGUGGUAGACGAAAUUACAACAGGUUUUACUUUACUUUUUCUUUUUUUUUAAUAAACAUAUCUAUAUAUUAGGCAUUCUUCAAGUUCAA